UUAUAGAUCAUUUGAAAUUAGAGGAGCAUAAAAUGGCAGCAAUGACAGCGAUGCCGUACUAUCAUUAUUCAGUGUUCGGUAGUACUCCACUUACAAUGGAAGAUUACAUGUCUGGGAUAUCAUGCGCUUUACUGGAUGUCGAGGAAAUGUUAUUACAACAGCGCGGAGCAAGAGAGGCCCCAUUUUCGGGAAUGGACAAAAGUGGUCGUGGUGUGUGUAUACGUAAUGAACAGGGUACAUGUAUAAUGGGAACUGUUUGCCCACUGAGACAUAUCGUUGGAGAUAAGGCUGUAGUAUGUAAACACUGGUUGCGCGGGCUAUGUAAAAAAGGAGACCAAUGUGAAUUUUUGCAUGAGUACGAUUUAAGUAAAAUGCCGGAAUGCUUCUUCUUUUCGAAAUAUAUGGCUUGUAGUAAUCGUGAAUGUCCUUUUCGACAUAUUGACCCUGAAAGUAAAAUCAAGGAUUGUCCGUGGUACGACCGUGGUUUUUGUCGACAUGGCCCAUUUUGUAAGCAUCGGCAUCGCCGGCGCGUUCUUUGUCCUAACUUUUUGGCAGGCUUUUGCAUGGAUGGAAGGGAUUGUAAAUAUGCUCAUCCGUCUUUCAAUAUUCCACCUGUGGAUACAACUCAAAUUCUUCGAGCACGGGGACAGUAUAACAUUGGAAUAGUGUGUCACAAUUGUCAUGAAAGAGGCCACAAGUGCGGUGAAAAAGGCCAUUACGCAAAUCGAUGUCAUAAAGGACUGUUGGCAUUUCUAUCAAAUACGGCAUAUCUUGCUCAUGAACAGAGAGAGAAGGAUGAAAAAGAAGCCAGGGGAAACGGGCAACAAUUUGGAAGUUUGGGAAAGCCUCAGCAAGUGCCGCAGUGUAAGGUAUCAAAUUCAACUAAUAAAUCUGGUGAAAUGCUUCGUUAAGAUAAUUGAAUGUUUGGAAAAUAUAUGGUUGUUAGCCUCAUAAAUAUACCGGUUAUGCUACGCAUGGAGUUAAUUGUUCUUGGCAUAUUAUUUUCGUAAUUAUUUGCUAACAAGUUUUACUGUCCCUUAAUCAGUCAGCAGUUACGUUCAGUUCCGG